CAAGAAUCCGCAGACCUUCGCAUUUAACUCGUCGAAUCAUCAAUCACGACCACCGACUAUUUGCGGCCGCCUUUACUUUUCUGGUGCACGACCGUAAUCUUCUCAAGUGCGACUGUUGCUUCACGACCUAUCAUCGUGCCUUGAACAUUACCCAUCUGGUCUCAGACAACUGAGCUCCUGUCGACUGGCUUGUCUCUGUAGUACUAUUGGUUCUGACUACCUGGUUCCUGACAGCCAGCGCGUUCGAUCAACUUCACUGAUUGGAAGCGCGACGAGCUCGUCGCGACUUCAACGAUGGAAUACCCUCCCCAAUAUCAACAACCCCACGGGCAACACGCCCAUGCCCCGUCUCACAUCGCUACCCCUUACCAGACAGCACCGCCAAAUGCAGGGCCGGCUGUGGGGUCGAUGACUUCUCCCACUAAUCCCCAGGCACAUAUGCAACAAGCUCAUCCUACCCAUCAGGCUUCCCCAAUCGUCCCCUCGCAGUCUCACUAUCAACAACCGCAAAAUGCUCCUGGACCAGUACACCAGCAGAUGAACUUCCCUCAAUCGUAUGGCGUCGCGGCUGCGAUGCCGCAAACGUAUGGUAUCUCGCCCACUCAGGCGGCCGCUAUGGCAACGGCUGCGGCAUCAGGCCCGUUCUAUCCUAUCCAUCAAGACUCGAUGCCGGGCCAAAUGGGACCUGGACCGCGAGGCUCCCCUCGCAUGGCUGGCGUUCAGGUGAAGAGUGAUCGGAGUGCCCGUUCUCCGCCUCAAAUACCGGGACAGAUGGCCUCGAUGGGACCUCAAGUGCAGAUGUCUCAAAAUGCCCAGCUGCAACAGCGUCGGAUGAGCCAUGUGGGCAGCCCUCACGUUCCGAGUGCCCAGCCUAUUCUCAACCACGUCGGCCGACCUUCCGUGCCUCCAACCAUGGUCCCUCCGCCCCAACCUCCAAUUCAACAAAGCCAGGCAUCACCAGACAUGGUUGCCGGCGGUGCGGAAGAGUCCCCACUGUAUGUGAAUGCAAAACAAUUCCAUCGGAUAUUGAAGCGCCGUGUGGCUCGACAGAAGCUGGAGGAGCAAUUGCGAUUGACCUCAAAGGGCCGCAAGCCUUAUUUGCAUGAGUCGCGCCAUAACCAUGCCAUGCGCCGCCCUCGCGGCCCUGGUGGACGGUUCUUAACGGCCGAUGAAGUGGCUGCAAUGGAGAAGAAACAAUCAACCGGUUCCGUGGCUUCUGGGCAGGAGAAUAUCGACAAUAAUGCUACGAAGCCCGCGGGAACGACUUCACCUUUGGCGCAGAAGCGCAAGUCAAGCGAUGUGAACGAUGAGAACGUCAACCCCAAAAAGGCGAAGACAGUCGCCGCGAAAGCGAGCACGAGUGCCGAGGAAAGCGAGAACGAAUCUGCUGAGCUGUCGGAUGAAGACGGCUGAACUAAUUCCCGCCGUCGGCCGCGCGUU